AUGGCACCAUCUCGAGAUGACUACAUCCUACCCCGGCAGAACGGCCUAGAGCAAGUCACGCAGAAGAAAGAGCCUCACUUGCUGCAUCGAUCAUUGAUCGAGAAACCUUCCCUAGUGGAACGAGCCCACGGAGUGGAACUAUACCUCUCUAAUGGCCAAACAGUCAUCGAUGCCUGCGCCGGAGCAGCAGUUGCAGCAAUCGGUCACGGCAACCAGGAAGUCCACCAAGCAAUCAUCGACCAACUUGCAAAAGUCAGCUACGUGCACACCCAGUCCUACACGACUGCAGCAGCAGAGGGGCUAGCAAACUUCAUCCUCGAAGGGAGCCCCUACGGACUCGAAAAGGCCUUCUUUGUCGGAAGUGGCAGCGAAGCCGUCGAGUCAGCAUUGAAGCUUGCGCGUCAGUAUUUCUAUGAAAAGGGCGAGCCGCAACGGACCCAUUUCGUCGCCAGAAAGCAAAGUUACCACGGAAAUACUUUGGCUGCCAUGUCCAUCUCUGGUAACUUGGCCAGGAAGGUACCCUAUCAGGGAUUUGCGUAUCCGCAUGUUUCUCAUGUUUCGCCGGCCUAUGCCUACCGAUACAAGGGGGCCGCCGAAACGGAGGAACAAUUCACAACUCGACUAGUGCAGGAGCUAGAAGAGGAAUUCUUGCGCGUCGGUCCUGAAAAGGUCAUCGCAUUCAUCGCGGAGACCGUUGUGGGCGCGACGUCUGGUUGUGUGGCCGCGCCACAAGGAUACUUUGCUCGCGUCCGUGAACUGUGCAAUAAAUACGGUAUUCUGUUGAUACUCGACGAAAUCAUGUGCGGAGUCGGUCGCACAGGAACAUUCUUUGCCUUCGAGCAAGAACAAGACGUUAUUCCCGAUAUCCUCACCGUUGCAAAAGGACUGGGUGGUGGUUACGCAGCGAUCUCCGGUGUCUUGAUCCACAAGAAAGUGAUCGACGGUCUUCGGCAAGGCAGUAACGCAUAUAAUAACGGACACACGUAUCAAGCACACCCUACCUCAUGUGCUGCGGCGUUAGCAGUGCAGAAAAUUGUUCGCCGGGAAAAUUUUGUAUCGAGAUGCGCGGACAUGGGUUGCGUUCUGGAAGAUCUGCUCCGCAGCGAGCUGAAGGGUUGUCGAUCGGUGGGCGAUAUUCGUGGCCGGGGUCUAUUCUGGGCGGUUGAGUUUGUUCGCGAUAAAGAAUCCAAGGAGACGUUCGACCCGGCUCUUAAAUUCGGCCUGCGCGUUCAGCAGGCUGCGUUCGAGAAAGGGGUGGCUAUCUACCCAGGUGCUGGCUCGGUUGAUGGUUUGCGAGGUGACCAUGCGUUGUUGGCGCCGCCAUUUAUCAUCACUGAAGACCAAUUAAAGACCGUUUGUCUGGUGUUGCGAGAAGCGAUUGAGGCUGUGGAAAGCGAAGUUUUUAAGUGA